ACUUCCUGUGUCACUGUGCACAUGUGGUAAACAAGCGUCCGUGUGUGUGGGAGUGUGGAGCAUGGACUUUUCUAAAAAGUGGAGUAAUUUACCCACAGGUCCGAGUCUGAAGAACCUGACCCAGGGCGGGUUCGGUGUCCUCAAGGAGACUCAACAUGAGGCGGUUCAGGACCUGACGAAAGCCCAAAUCGAGUCUUUCGACCAGGCUGUCACCAGCGGACUGAUCCGGGUCGUGCAGGCCAUCCCUCCCCUGGAGUUCGCUGUAAAAAAUGACAGGAUCAGCCUUUCGUUCGUCGAGGCCUCCAUCAACAACCCGGUGGUUGCCAAAGGGAACGUCUGCAGGGACAUGAGGGUGUUUCCUGCAGAGUGCAGAGGCAGGAGAUGCUCGUACAAAGGAAAGCUUGUGGCUGACGUCAGCUGGUCAGUCAAUGGAGUUCCCAAAGGCAUCAUCAAACAGUCCCUGGGUCAGGUGCCAGUCAUGGUGAAGUCCAAACUGUGCAACCUCCAUGCUAUGUCUCCGAAAGAGCUAGUUGAACACCAUGAAGAAGCAGAGGAAAUGGGAGGUUAUUUCAUCGUGAAUGGAAUCGAGAAGGUGAUCCGAAUGCUGAUCAUGCCAAGGAGGAACUAUCCUAUUGCCAUGUCAAGACCUAAGUGGAAGAGCAGGGGCCAGGGCUACACUCAGUAUGGUAUAUCUAUACAUUGUGUGAAGGAAGAGCACACAGCCAUCAACAUGAACCUCCAUUAUCUGGAAAACGGGACUGUGAUGCUGAACUUCAUCUACCAAAAAGAGCUCUUCUUCCUCCCACUAGGCUUUGCGCUCAAGGCCUUGGUGGACUUCACAGACUUCCAGAUCUUCCAGGAGCUGAUCAAGGGCCGCGAGGACAAUUCCUUCUACAAGAGCUGUGUGUCGGAGAUGCUGCGUAUCGUCAUGGAGGAGGGCUGCACCACCCGCAGCAAGGUGCUCAGCUACCUCGGAGAGCGCUUCAGGGUUAAGAUGAACCUUCCUGAGUGGUACACAAACGAGCAGUGUGCCAACUACUUGAUAGAGGAGUGCAUCUGUAUCCACCUGAAGUCCAAUGCGGAGAAGUUCUACCUGCUCUGUCUAAUGACCCGGAAGCUUUUCACAUUUGCCAAGCAGGAGUGCAUGGAGGAGAACCCCGACAGCAUCAUGUGUCAGGAAGUGCUCACUCCUGGUCAGCUCUACCUCAUGUUCCUGAAGGAGAGAGUGGCUGCCUGGCUGGUGUCUGUAAAGCUGGCCUUUGACAAGAGAGGCAGCAGAAUAAAUGGAGGAUGGAACGCUGAAAACAUUAUAAAGCUUUUCAACAUGGGCGGUGAUAUAACCAAACCUUUUGAAUUUCUGCUGGCUACCGGGAACCUCAGCUCCAAGACAGGUCUCGGCAUGCUGCAGAGCACAGGUCUGUGUGUCGUGGCCGACAAGCUCAACUUCAUCCGCUACCUGUCCCACUUCCGCUGCGUGCACAGAGGAGCAGCGUUCGCCAAGAUGAGGACCACCUCUGUUCGUAAGCUGCUGCCUGAGUCCUGGGGCUUCCUGUGUCCCGUCCACACCCCGGACGGAGAGCCUUGUGGCCUCAUGAAUCACAUGACAGCCAGCUGUGAGAUCGUGGCACCAACCUCGUCCACCACGUCCCUGCCUGCUCUGCUAUGUUCCCUCGGUGUCUGUCCCGUGGAUGGAUCCCCUGGUCAACCCUUUGCAGACUGCUACCCUGUAGUGCUGGACGGGGCCGUGGUCGGCUGGUUGGAGGCUGAAUUAGCUCCAGUUGUGGUUGACUCGCUCCGUAGGUUCAAGGUACUGAGAACAAACAAGAUCCCUCCUUGGACUGAGAUCGUCCUGGUGCCCAAGACAGGCAAGGCCAGCUUGUACCCAGGCCUCUUCCUCUUCACAACGCCCUGUCGCAUGGUUCGGCCCGUACGCAAUUUAGCUCUUGGAAAAGAGGAGUUAAUUGGCACCUUUGAACAACUUUAUACCAAUGUGGGCAUCUUUGAGGGGGAGAUCGAGCCCGGUGUGACCACACACCAGGAACUGUUCCCUCACAGCAUGCUGAGCGUGGUGGCCAACUUCAUCCCCUACUCAGAUCACAACCAGAGUCCUAGGAACAUGUACCAGUGUCAGAUGGGUAAGCAGACUAUGGGUUUUCCCCUGCACUCGUUCACGGACCGCUCAGAUAACAAGCUGUACCGGCUCCAGACCCCACAAAGCCCGCUGGUCAGGCCCUACAUGUACGACCACUACAACCUGGACAACUACCCCAGCGGCACAAACGCCAUUGUGGCCGUCAUAUCCUACACAGGCUAUGACAUGGAAGAUGCUAUGAUUUUGAACAAGUCCUCUUGGGAGAGAGGCUUCGCCCAUGGAAGCAUUUACAAGACUGAGCUGGUGGAUCUGGCCGACAAGGUGAAGGGAGAGGACGGCGUGGUGUUUGGGACCAAGCCAGGUGAUCCUAAGGUGGACGGAAGGCUGGACGGCGAUGGACUACCUCACAUUGGAUCGACACUUAAAUAUGGAGACCCCUACUACAGCUACAUCAACCUCAACACGGGCCAGACCUCCAUCAACUACUACAAGAGCCAAGAAUCCUCUGUAGUCGACAAUAUAAAGAUCUGCAGCAACGACAACGGCUCAGGCUAUUUCAAACGAGUUUGCAUCACCAUACGAGUGCCACGAAACCCCACCAUCGGGGACAAGUUUGCCAGUCGCCACGGGCAGAAGGGCAUCCUGAGCCGCCUGUGGCCGACUGAGGACAUGCCCUUCACAGAGAGCGGCAUGACUCCCGACAUCCUCUUCAACCCCCACGGCUUCCCCUCCCGUAUGACCAUCGGGAUGCUCAUCGAGAGCAUGGCCGGCAAGUCCGGCUCCCUGCACGGGCUGAGCCACGACGCCACACCCUUCACCUUCUCUGAGGAGAACUCUGCUCUAGAGUACUUUGGUAAAAUGCUCCGGGCUGGAGGUUACAACUAUUAUGGCACAGAGCGGCUCUACAGUGGCCUGAGCGGUCUGGAGCUAGAGGCUGACAUCUUCAUCGGGGUCGUCUACUACCAGCGGUUGCGUCACAUGGUCUCUGACAAAUUUCAAGUGAGGACCACAGGAGCGCGAGACAAGGUGACCAACCAGCCGGUGGGAGGGAGGAACAUCCAGGGAGGCAUUCGUUUUGGAGAGAUGGAGCGAGACGCCCUUUUGGCGCACGGCUCGUCCUUCCUGCUUCAGGAUCGGCUCUUCAACUGCUCGGACCGAUCAGUAGCUCAGGUGUGCAUUGACUGUGGCAGCCUCAUCUCCCCUCUGUUAGAGAAACCACCUCCCUACUGGUCGUCCAUGCGCCACCGUAAGACUGUGUGCAGCCUGUGUGGCAAAAGUGACUCUAUUGACUCGGUGUCUGUUCCUUACGUCUUCCGCUACUUUGUUGCUGAGCUAGCAGCGAUGAACAUCAAAGUCAAAUUAGAUGUAAAGUAAAUUUUACAGGAGAAUGAGUAGAUACCUGCCUUAAAUAUGACAGUACAAAUCAGAAGGAAUUUGUUUUAUGAAUCUGCUUUUGUUUUGUUAAAAUGUGUCUCAGUAAAGCUGCUUGAAUGAACCAUGCUUCAGAUCAAAUAUAGUGCACAGACAUGAUGUGUAUAAAAAGCAGCCAAAUACCCGAGACGCUCAACUGCUUUGUCCAGCAUUUUAUUAGCAGAGACUUUGGAGAAUUGACCAGCCUGCGAUGGGGAGAAUGUACUGACGCAUUCUGUUGAGGUGUAUACAAAUAAAAGUUUUUUAUACAGUCA